GGAGUUGAAAGUGGAGAGCUCGUGGUUGGAAGGUUCGCGGGAAACAUCCCAAAACAAAUCGGAUCCGAUGGACACGCGAAACUUCAGGUAGCAUCAGUUUUGAAGUUUCCUGUCGGUAAAAUAACCCGAGCAGGGUGACCAUAAAGUAACGUGUUCCGUGACCGCGGUUCAUCCACGAGCGUUUUCCACUCCACUUGACGUAGAGACUGAACCAGCAGGUUUCGGUAGCUUUUGGAAGCUAUAAGCUAACGGUGAGCUGCGGCCGGUUAGCACUAAGCUGUCGUGUCCGGUGUUCAGCAUUAGGUCCCCUAUAGUCCGGAGGGUAGUAUAGCCACGGUCCGGUACUGUCCGGAGUGAAAUACAGGUGGACAGGUGAAGUACAGACGGCGAACACAUGGCAGAAAGGCCAGAAGACCUGAACCUUCCCAACGCGGUGAUCACCCGCAUCAUCAAAGAGGCGCUCCCAGAUGGGGUGAACGUGUCAAAAGAAGCAAGAAGAGCCAUUUCCCAGGCUGCCAGUGUGUUUGUGUUGUACGCCACUUCCUGUGCGAACAACUUUGCCAUGAAGGCCAAGAGGAAAACCCUGAAUGCAGGAGACGUGUUGGCUGCGAUGGAGGAAAUGGAGUUUGAGAGAUUUCUGGAGCCUCUUAAAGAAGCUUUGGAAGUGUAUAAGAAGGGCCAGAAAGGAAAGAAGGAGGUGUCGGAGCAGAAGCGCAAAGAUAAAGAAAAGAAGAGCGACUUAGAAAGUGAUAAAACCAGAGAGGAGGAAGAGGAGGAGGAAGAGCGAAUGGAGGAGGAGCCUGAUGCAGAGAAUGAGGUCGAGGAGGAGGAGGUGGAGAACUGAGGAAGGAGCGACCUCUGGCACAGAGAGGGCUGCCACGAACGAAGUAGUGCACUGUUACGUCUGAGCUGAAAGACGCAGUUAGACUGAGAGCUUCACUCUGAGCUGAGAUGAACUGAGGCUGGUUGAACAGAGAACGUCUUCCAACACGUCCUACGAACUGUGACGGUCCAGACCAGCAGAUCGAAAACACCUUCAAGCACAACAAAAGAACACAAUUCAAGCCACUGUCUUUAUCCAAUUUGUAUUUCCAGUCAUCUCAUGUUUUUUGUACCACGCUUCACAGUUUUGAUAUAAAUGUUAGAUUGUUUUUGUACAUUAGAACUGAAAACACACUGGUAGAGAACAUGAAAGAACUGUAGAAAACAGCAGCACUGGCCUGAUGGUUGCGUCCUCAUUGAUGAACACCGUUAAUUUUCAACAAUCUGUCAAUGUUUUGAGUUUCCAUAAUAUCCUGUUUUGUGAAUUAACAUCUUCAAAAUGUUUGUCUUUAAGGUGAGUUGCUUAAAAGUCUGAGGAUAAGUACAGCUCAUUUACAUGAACAAGAUAUCUCAAAGCACUUUUUUUUUUUAUUUCAGCUCCUGGUUAAAGGACUAUCUUCUAAUCAAUCAGGUCUAAACAUGAACAAAUCUUAAGUCAAUGUAAUGUCCAGUUAUGGAUCAAAGGAAUAUUUGUGUGUUAAAAGUAAGGGAGCUCAUUCCCAAAGUCAGAUUCACACAAUAUGACCUGUUAUUAAAGGACUUAAGGCCAUGUUCAUUUAUGCUUUAGUUUGUAAACUGUUUAUACUUUUGUAGAACUGUAUGACUGAAAUUUACAAUAAAUGUUUUGUAUUAAAAUAAAAAC